AUGCUGAGAGUGGACCCCCUCUUUAUCCUGGUGGUUUCCAUGUCGUAUUUCAACCCCGAAAAGGCCUUGGCAGCCCCAGCAGAAAGCGAUGGCUCAUCGCAGAGGGCCCCUCUUGCACCACCAUACGCUGUGGUACUUAUCUCUUGCUCUGGUCUACUAGCCUUCAUCUUCCUGCUCCUUACCUGUCUCUGCUGCAAGAGAGGUGAUGUUGGAUUCAAGGAGUUUGAAAAUCCAGAUGGAGAAGAGUUUUCUGGGGAGUAUACUCCACCCGCUGAGGAGACUUCCUCUUCCCAGUCCAUUCCUGAUGUCUACAUUCUUCCUCUCUCAGAAGUGUCUUUACCUGUCCCCAACACACAGGCUCCUAAAACAGUGAAACAGACAGGAUUUAGUCGACAGGACCUAAGCUAUCUUCAGGAGAUUGGAAAUGGCUGGUUUGGAAAGGUUAUUUUGGGGGAGAUAUUCUCAGACUACACUCCUGCGCAGGUCGUUGUUAAGGAGCUACGGGUCAAUGCCAGCCCUUUGGAACAACGGAAGUUUCUGUCUGAAGCACAGCCUUACAGAAGUCUGCAGCAUCCAAACAUUUUACAAUGCCUGGGACUAUGCACAGAAACGAUCCCCUUCCUCCUCAUCAUGGAGUUUUGUCAAUUGGGAGAUUUGAAAAGGUAUCUCAGAGCACAGAGGAAGGCUGAUGGAAUGACCCCUGACCUCUUAACAUGCGACCUUACGACCCUGCAGAGAAUGGCAUAUGAGAUAACGCUUGGACUGAUGCAUCUUCAUAAAAACAAUUACAUCCACAGUGAUCUUGCCCUAAGAAACUGCCUUCUCACCUCUGACCUCACUGUCAGAAUUGGAGACUAUGGCAUAUCUCACAACAAUUAUAAGGAGGACUACUAUAUCACUCCGGAUCGUCUCUGGAUACCAUUACGUUGGGUUGCUCCAGAACUUUUAGAUGAAGUUCACGGAAACUUAGUUGUGGUAGACCAAAGCAAGGAAAGCAAUGUCUGGUCUCUAGGAGUAACAAUGUGGGAACUCUUUGAAUUUGGAAGUCAGCCAUAUCGCCAUCUAUCAGAUGAGGAAGUCCUAGCUUUCGUAAUUAAAGAACAGCAGAUGAAGCUGGCCAAACCACGACUCAAGCUACCCCACUCAGAUUACUGGUAUGAGGUCAUGCAGUCUUGCUGGCUGACUGUUGAACAGAGACCUACAGUAGAAGAGCUUCAUCUGCAGCUCACUUACUUGCUAAAUGAAUGCUCCAAUCAGACAGAGGAAGGCUUUGAGUGGCGUUGGAAUGCACUUAAACCAACAAAAUCAUCAGUGGGACCUCUGAGGCAUUCUGAUGAGAUUUCUGCAUUCCCACUGCUAGAUAAUUUUAGUGGUGGAGAUGGUUUUCAUGCAGACAUGGAUGACAUCUUGACUGUAACUGAGAGCAGUCGUGGACUAAACUUUGAGUACAUGUGGGAGAAAGCUAGAUUAGGACGGUGGAAAGCAACAUCACAGUGUCAAGACUAUGCGCCAAAUAAUGGGAAUCUGACUGUGCCUGCUAAUCCUUUCUAUGAUUCCAGCCAUCAACAUUCACGGCAAAGCUUAGAAACUCCAAGUGUUGUUCCAGUCAUCAGCGCCCGUAGCCCUUCAGUAAGCAGUGAAUAUUAUAUACGGUUAGAAGAACAUACAGAUAGAGGCAGCGGAGUGGACUGUACUGUAUGUGCUCCUAGUCCCAUCUAUGAAAGAAAAUUUGACAUGCAAGAGCAGAGAUCACUCCAUCAACGUUUAUCACUUGGAAGCCCAUCCUCACCACUGGAACCACUUUUUUCCUCUGACUGGGACCCACUUGAGAGUGGCAGAACCAGUCCAGAUGAUCCUCCUCCUCAUCUGAUUUUACAUGAAGUUCCUAAACUUAUAGAUAGAUGGACACCUAGUAAUAAUAAUCCAUUCAUUACUGUAGGAAGAGAAUUGCCUCGUUAUGUAAAUCCUUUCCGUGGGCAAGUUGAAAGAGACUUAUCAAGGCAGGUACAGGAGACUUCAUUAAUGGAGCCCACAUUAUCUGAUGUAUUUUCUUCUGAUUCGAUUUUGAAUGUUUACAGAGACAUAGAAGAUCAUAGGAGUAGCUGGGAUUCAGAUACACUUGAAGAGAGAGGAGCUGGAGAGACUCUUGCUGGAGAUCCAGAGUCCUUGGCAGAGUUUUUAGAUGAUCGUGCAUCACCUUGGGAUUGUGAACCUUCAUUAAUGGAAGAUCAAAGCACUGAAAGUAGUAGCAGCAGCACAGACAACAGCAAUCAUCGACACAUGCCCUCCUGUCCCCUGUGUAGUAGAGGCAUGAUGGGUAAUCUGCAGAGAUGUUCAUGUGCAAUGCUGCGUGGAGAUGUUGUAAUAGAUUGGACAACACAUGUUGCUAUGCAUCAAGAGCAUUAUGGUUUAGAUGAUGAUUCCUCUCUAAAAGUUGAACAGGGUUCCUUAUCAGAGUGCUCUAUACCUGCAAGAACUUUUGGUGAUGGAGAUCUCUAUGCUGGUCCUUUUGGAGACAGUCUUUGUGCAGCAGAACACCAAGAAUUUUAUGACCCUUUAAUGGGAGCAGCCGUAAAAAGUUAUGACAUUCAAGACUAUCGUAACCGUCAAGUAAAAAGUUAUGAUUCUUUGCAGAAGAGUAUUUCUAACCACCCUCCUUCCCCGUUCAUUGGAAUUUCUAACUCAAUGGCAAACUGCAGUGUUAUUGUUCCAAUUGAAAUCCCACCUCUUUCCACCUUAGCAGAAAGCAUCGAAGAGGAGACAAUAGAGAUAGUUCCAGAUGUACUAAAUAGGUUCACACUGAACCACAGCACAUUACAAACAGAAAAGCCACCACAUGCCUGUAGAGCAACAUUAAACUCUGUUGAUUCUUUAGACAUUCCCUCCAACACUAGUUCAUCAGAUGUAUGCAGCCCAGCUUCUCAUUUCUCAUCCCCUGUACAGAAGUUUGGGGAUAGUGGCUAUGAAACAGAAAAUACAUUUUCCCCAGAAUUCAUUUUCAAAGAAGUGAAAGAAGAAGAAGAAGAAGAAACAGGUCUUAAGGAUUUGAAGCUACCCUUAACCCCAAUAUCAGAAUCAACUAGUGACUUGACUCUUACUGAGGACUUCUCUGAACCACAGGCUACACCUAUGGAAGAAGACAGUUCUCUUAGGACGUUAAAUCUGGCCACACCACAUAGAGAUUCUGCAUAUUUUUCUGACUAUGACAAUGAACCUGAUAAACAUAAUAGAGUAUCUCAACAAAAACCUGAUGAUGAAAAUAUCAAUGGAGUUUGCAGUGAAGAAAUAUCUGUUGUCAUAUCAAUUGCUGAGGACAUUCAAAGUUUUCAAGCUGAAAAUAGGAAAAAGGAUGAUAUAGAAAUACCAGAAGAGUUGCCUGUAAAAACAGUAGAUAAAGAGGAAAACCAUCAUAAUGCAGAGUAUAUUCAAGAUGUAGUCCCAGAUGGUGAAGAUGGAAUUUUGAAUUGCAAUGGUGGGAUAAACUUAGUCCCAGAGGAGCACUUAAGUAAUUCAGUUGCUCAAAGUAAUAGCACUGAUGUAACAGAAGAAAAAUAUGAAAAAUCUCAAACUGUUAUCGAUCAGAGAAAUUCAAUUGAGAACAUACUGAAAAAACAACCAGAAAGUGGUUUUGUAGUUCAAGUUUGUAAAGAGCAGCUGCUUGUCUCCUUGAGAGAAAACGUAACAAGGAAUGUACUGUCUACCUUUGAAUCUGGAACUGUGAACUCAUGUGUCUUAAAAGACCAAGCUGUUUUGAAGUUGUGGUCUAUAGAGCCUAGAUCAAAUGCAGUUAUUGAAGGAGCAGUAAAUAAUAAACCUUUAUUCAAAGAGUCAUCUGAAAACUAUGAACCCGAUGAAUGCAAACCUAACACAGAUGACAUCAACAAGGACACAUCUUUAGAUGGAGUUAGUAAUCCUUCAGAGUUAAUUGUACACAAAGAUGAAAAUGAGAACAAUUGUGAUGAAAUCCACACAGAAAAAAAUGGAGAUGAUGUUGAACUGUUAUCACAGCAGACCCUUGAGAACUGUAUGAAGAAACAAGAAGAGACUUCUGCUGAACAAGUAGAAGAACAGUCAGAAGAUCAAUCAAAACUUUUUCUAGACUUUGGCUCUACAGCAAAUAGUGGAAGUGAAGCUAUAAAAGCAAAAGUAGCCAGACUUUCUCUGUCUCUUCCACCCUUAAACCUUCAAGCAUUCCAAAGCUCCAGUGGACGCAAGUCUUUUUGGGACAAUGAUGUAGAAAAAAGAGAUGCAAAUUUCAACAAGGAAGAUGAGGAUGAGGAAGAUGAAGGCUUUGGUCUUCAAGACCACCAGAGAACAGGCUCAGAAGCUGAAGCAGAGGUGUCAGGAGUUCCAAUUGUGGUAACAGAGAUGGAUGAUGGACGUAACCUCCGGAGUCUGUUAAAGUCACCUAAAUCUGCUGAUGAGGUGGAUGAUGAUCUUGAUCGAAAGCGAAAAAUGGUGUCCUUUUUUGAUGAUGUAACAGUUUACUUGUUUGACCAGGAGACUCCCACUAAUGAACUGAGUAAUCAGAAUACGCCAGAUAAUGAUCAGAUUUCCCAGAAUCCUUCCCUGGAGUCAAGUUUGGAUGCCUUUUCAUCAACUGAUGGUUUUAGUGGAAGUUUUGAAUGGGAUGAUGACUUCCCUUUGAUGACCCAAAAUUCCACAUUCCUUCCCAUGGCAGCUGAAGGAGCAGCUCUCAAGUCACCAAUAAGUCCUACUACAUCAGUACCUCCUACACUUCAGGGGAAGCGAGUGGAAGGAAACCUGAUGGAUUCACUGAAGUUCACCCGAUUCACUGUCUCACCUGCUGUAGAACCACAUGUUCCAUUAUGUGAUUCAGAUGUGGUUCCAAAUGCAGGUUAG